AGCUGGGCUGGUUUUGGGGAGCUGGGCGUGUUUCAGGGAGCUGGGAGCAAAACCCAUGUGAGCUGUGCGGAGGCAGGGAGGGUGGGGAGGGUCCGGCCCCCUCCUCACCCACCCCAUGGCUGCUGAGAGCGUUGAGCCAGGCUGGCCGGUUACAAGGAGCCACGGGCUCUUCCGAGCCUCCCAGGGACCAUGGCAGCGCCAUUCGCAAAGGGCUGGCGGAGGAAGAUGUCACAUUAAUAAAUAUAGCGGGUGCUAGCGGCAAGAUGCCGGGUUAGAGGGGCAGCAUCAAUCAUCUGAGCCCUCGCUGCAAAGGGAUCUCCCGUCGGCACAGGGGCACAGAGUUGUGGCUGCCCCCCGUCACCCCUUGCCCCUGCACCCCACCACCGGCAUGCACCCAGCCCACCUGCCCUUGCCUGGGCCAUGCCAGGGAGGCUCAACUCCAGGAAACCUGUUCUCUAUUUAAAUAAGAUAACAUAUAUUAAAACCGCCAAAUCUUGGCGAGCUGACAGCGUCUGUCUAAAUAUUUAUCCCUCUUCCGAUCAGGCGCUGUGUUCCCAUGACAGCAUGAUUAGCACUUUGCAUAUUUAUGGCCUUUCUGGGUGCUGGGCUCCCCGCGCCUGUCUGCCCCAUGCCUGGGGGGCCGUGGAGCCCCCCCCAUCUUCCCACCCACCCGGCAGAGGUGAGCCCUGGGCCGGCAGCUGUCCCAGCCUGGCACAUCCCUGCUGGGCUGUGUUGGAGCUGUCAGGAGCAUCCAGGGCCGGGCAGGAUGGAAAUGCAGCGGGGACGGGCAGGACAGGGAGCGGGUGCUGCGUUUGUCCCCCACAGCACAGGAGGUGCAGCGCUGAGGAUGAGGCAUCUUGUCCAUGCAGAGACGCAAGCACAGGGGACAGCAUGGGCAUGACCUGCCCCAAAAGCAGAGUCCUGCUCUGCCUCCUGUGCACGAGCACCAGGGGACUGGGUACCCAUGGGUGCCGGGCGAUGGGGAUGGAGCAGGGAUGCUCCGGCUCCCUCCCGCACAGUGCUGCCCUGCCCCACGACGUGGCCUUGCUGGGACUUCAUGCUCUGGGGACAGCACAUCCCACGCUGGCUCUGCAGGACGUGCCAGGGGUCCCGGCUGCCGCAUCCCCCCUGCGCCCCAUGGCAGCGUGCGGGAGGAGCGUGUCAGGAGGGAUUAGGGCUAGGUCUAGGAAAAGGGCUAAUUCAGAGCCGGAGGCACAGGGUGGCUCAGCACGGCUCUUCCCCUGGUGCCACUGCUCUGGCAACACAAACAAAACCCUCACGAUCAGCUGAGCUGCUUGUGCACCGGCAGCCACCAAAAUCUGCUUUUCAGUUCUCAAAUCUGGCAACGCUGAAUUUAACCCUGAACUUUGGCGCAUUUAGGUGGCAUCUCACUGAAAGGGCUGGUGGCAGCUGCCCGGGUCCUGACAGUGGCUGGGGGUGUUGAUACGCUACCUCAUCCCUGCCUCGCCACACGCGCUCGGGUUGGUAAAAAAGGAGAAAAAAGGGCAGAAAUGGUGCUAGCGCUUCUCGUGUACAGCUUCCGAGAGGAUUCGUGCUGCCUCCUGCCUGUUGUGCUCUGGGCACCGUGGGAGACGUGCCACCUGCAGCAGGGUAGCUCUGGGCUCCUGGGGUGGGAGCAGGCGUCACUGCGGGUCCCUUGUCACCUGGGAGCAGUGCUGCGGGUGAGGAGGAGCCCCGAGGGGGCUGCAGGAGCGGGGGACACAGAGUGUGCUUGGUGUUCCCCCCUGCUGUGGUGCUUUCCCAGGGGGUUGUGUUGGGGCUGCAGAGGUGGGUGGCUCCAUGGGGCUCGUGGGAGCGGUGCCCCCCGGUCACAGCGGUGCCCCCAGUGCUGUGCUCGCCGGGGUCUGGCCUGGCUGAGCAUCUCCUGCUGCAGCUGCGGUGCUGGCUGCAUGGAACGCUGCUGUGGGUCUUGGUGUUGGGGCUGGUCACGCGCCAGCUGGUAUAAAUCUCUGCACAAUCCCUCAAGCUGUAGCCAUGGGGGGGCUGGGGAAGGGGCACCUGCUGCCUCCUGCUCCACAGAGACUGCCUUUGGCUUGGGCUCACUUUCAUCUAAAUUGGUAGAUCCCCAUCUCAGGAGUUCUCAAAAUUGGUUUAGGAAAAGAAGACUUCAAAUGUAUUUUAUUAAUCUUAAUUGUGACAACUCUUUGACACGAGCUCUUCCCUGCACCCCGCAUGGCCUGUCCUACAUGUCCCGUGAGGGAUCAAACAUCGGUUUAACCAGACCAGCCUUCCCCCGCACGGCGCGGUGCGGCAUCUCACAGCCCCCGGCAGCGGCAGCACCAGCAAUCCUGCUCUCAUCCCUCUUCCCCUCUGCGGGGAAAGCGGCAGCUCUUCUCGCCGGGCUCAGACCCCAGGCAGCCGGACCCCACCGUGCUCCUGCCCUGGUUGUUUUCCGUCGGGCGAAGCAGCUCGUGCCCCUUCCCCUCCACGGUGCCGGGUGGGACUCCCCUCCCCCGGGCAGAUGCUGCGAGCUGCGCAUAGCAAGCGUGUGCCCAUCCCUGCAGGUGCUGGGGGGGUCCGGGCUGUUGCCCUCGCCCCAGCGGUGCCUGUGGCCGUGCCGGUGCCCAUCCCCAGGGCAGCAUUGCCCAUUGCCAGCAUGUGCCCGGGUGGUCCCCAGUCACCUCUCCUCUGUCCGCAGGGGCAUUGCCUCCCGUGCCUGGCCCCGUGAUGCCACCCCACCCAGCUGCCCAGUGACACAGCCCUUGUCUUGGAGGUGACCCAGCGGCUCGAGGGGAGCCCCCGGCAGGGACCUGCCCCUGCAGCCACCGCCUUGUUUGCUCCUGCGCUGGCGGAGCCCGAGGAGGCUGCGCCCGUGCAGGCAGAGGCAAAGGCAGGUCUGGCCACUAGCCCCUGGGCUUGGGCACAUGAGAGAUGGCCUUCCAGCGGAGCCACAGGCUGAACCUGCUGCGCCUCGUCGUGCUGCUCCUCGUGGCCUUGGCCGGCAUCAAGUUUCUCUUCCGCGACAGCUUUACCCUGGAGCUGCACAAGCACGUCAGCAAGGACAGUGGCUUCUGGGGGGACGUGGGUGAUACCGGCCAGGACACCGGCCCCCAGAGCCAGGCUCUGGACCUCUCCGUGGCAAAGAUAACGGCCCCGAGGCAAGAUCCUGGGCAGCAGGUCUCCAGGGAUGUCAGCGCCACCGAGAUGAGGCUGGUCCACCUGGACCUCAAGGGAGCUGCGCCCAGGGUCUCCUACCUGGAGCAGGUGUUCCCCCUCCUGUCCCAGCUGGGAGCCAACGGCAUCCUCAUCGAGUACGAGGACAUGUUCCCCUUCAAGGGGGAGCUGGAAAUCCUCAAGUCCCCAUACGCUUACAGUGAGGAUGACAUCGAGCGGAUCCAGCAGCUGGCAGAGCUCCACAAGCUGGAGGUGGUUCCCCUGGUGCAGACCUUUGGGCACGUGGAGUUCAUCCUCAAGCACGAGAAGUACCAGCACCUGCGGGAGGUCGAGCGCUUCCCCAACAGCUUCAACCCCCACGUCCCCGACACCCUGGCCCUGCUCAAGAGCAUCUUGUCGCAGGUGAUCGAGAAGCACAGGCGCUCCACCUGGAUCCACAUCGGCGCGGACGAGGUCUUCCAUCUCGGGGAGGGGAUGGACUCCAAGAACUGGAUGAGCCGCAACAAGGGUGACACGGGGACCAUGUACCUGAAGCACAUCAAGGAGGUGCUGGGCUUCAUCACCACGCAGUACUGGGGGCUGCGGGUGCUCAUGUGGGACGACAUGCUGAGGAAGAUCAGCGUGGGAGCCCUGCAGGAGUCCGGGAUAGCAAAGCACGUCUCACCCAUGGUGUGGUUCUAUGCACCCGACUUCGAGGCUGAGCAGAUCGGGCCAUUCCUCGCCAAGUACGCAGAGAGCGGCUUUGAGGCGGUGUGGUUUGCCAGCGCCUUCAAGGGCACCACGGGACCGGCGCAGACCUGGCCUCCCCUGAGCUACCACCUGAAAAACCACCUGAGCUGGCUGAAGGUGAUGCAGGCCCUGCCACAGCUGGCCCCGCUGCGCUUCCAGGGCAUCGUCCUCACCGGCUGGCAGAGGUACGAUCACUACUCGGUGCUCUGCGAGCUGCUGCCCGUCGGCAUCCCCUCCCUGGCCGUCUGCCUGCAGACCCUGGUGAACGGGGGCUUCACGGAAGAGACGAAGAGGAAGGUCCUGGACGCGCUGGGCUUCCAGAGCAUGCAGCUGGAGCAGAGCACGUGCGAGGGCAGGGGAGCGUUCCCCGGCGUGGAGAUCUACCACAUGGUCGAGCAGGUUAAUGGCCACCUGAAGGAGAGCAUCCUUAAGGCCCUGGAGGAGGAGAGCGCCAUCAAGGGCUGGUUUAGCCCCUAUCACCGGAAGCGCCAAUUCGGCAACCCCCGCAACAUGGAGAGCUUCGGCAGCAAGGUGCUGAAGCUCCAUGAGGACUGGGAGAGCUUCGUCCGUGACCUGCGCGCCCACCUGGAGAGGGUCUACUUCCCUGACACGGUGGAGGAGUGGAUGGAGGAGAACAUCAACCCCUACCUGGACCAGCUGCGGGACCUGGUGCGCGACUACCGAGCCAUCAUCCGCCUCAACGCCAGGCCCAAGGCGACGUAGGGGUCGCGGCCCCCCCCCAGCUCCCUCUGCCCCCCUAGGGUGGGCUUCGGGUGCCACCGUCGCAUGUCUGUCUGCUGGUGACCGCAUUGCUGCCGUUGGUUUGUACUGUACAGAGCUCCUGCACAUCCCACUUCCACAAUAAAGUAUUUUUGUAGA